CUCUCUCUUAUUUUCUCGCUCACACUCGCACACAGUGUGGCCAGAAGGUGUGAAAAAGAUUGUUAAGCUCAACGCAUCGCAUCGCAUCGGAUCCGUCUUAUGUAUACACGUAUUUACCACUCUACUAUAACUAUAAAUAUAAUUAAAACUAUAACUAUAACUAUAGAUUUGACAUUGAACAUAAAAAGCUGCAACCGUCUGCCAUAAAUCAAGAGGGAAACUGUUUUAAUUGAACCGAUCGAACAGGUGCCUGCCACUAUGUUGCUGGCUGUUAACCAGAGUGUUCGCAAUUCCAAGAAGCGUCGCGAGGCGGAAACAGCAGCAGCCACUGACAGAGCAGCCUGUGCUGAGAUAACGGAUUCAACAAGACAUUUGGUGGCCAACAUGCUCAUUGAUGACACAAAUACAAAUGAAAACACACAAGCAACAGUCGCAACAGUUGCGGGCGACAAGUGCCAGAGUUGCCAUCACAUGCAACAGUCAGAGUCGCCGCAAUCUGCCUGUAACUGUGCCUGCAACUGCAUAAACAAACUGGAGGAUGCCACUCAAGUGCGCGCCUCCCUUCUGCUAGUCUAUAUCUAUUUGGGCGCCCUCACUCUCAUGUUGGCAACCCUGUCCAUACUAUUCUAUACGUAUACGCGGGGGGGCAGCGGGCAGGAGUCGAUCACGCCAGCUAUGCUCGGCCAGCAUGCCUUCCGGAACCAGUUCCAGGGUGAACUGAUGCGAUCCGAACAUAUGCUACGCGCCAUGGUUACACAGAUCAUGAAAAGGGAUUAUCCCUUGGAGGCAAGCUUUGCCGAAGCACAACCGCGCUAUUUGGGCACUACCGUUGUCCGGAACGAGCGCAAGUUGAACUCCAAUUUUCUGAAUCCUUUGCCAAGUGAGAAGCGCAUUCGCAGGGACAUCGCCUCAUCCUCACCCGCUUCCAUGCAUGCAGAUCCACUGAUCGAAUUUUUCAAUCCGAAUCAUCGCAAAGCACUGGAUGAGCAGGACACAGAGAUACGCAAGCGCACGGGAUUAAAGGGUGCCGCACCGGGUGGCGAUGAGUGGAUCUAUUUGAAUACGUAUUGUCGUGUGCCGGAGAAGAUAAUCACUGGCUUUUGCAAGGGCACACAGGAAUACUGCCCGCCAGCACCGUCAGGACCAACGGGUGCCGUCGGCCCAAAAGGACCACCCGGUAAUCCUGGCUUACCGGGCAUACCCGGCCCCAAGGGCAAUCGUGGCGAUGUUGGGCUGCCGGGUGCAGCCGGCGUUGAUGGUAUCGGCCAGCAGGGUGCAGCGGGUCCCCGCGGUCCCAAAGGUGAUCCAGGCAGCGUAGGUAGGUCGGGCCUCGAUGGGCGAGAUGGUGUGCCUGGUGAGCCGGGCCUGGACGGUGUACCAGGACGUGCGGGUGCCGAUGGCAAAAAUGGGUUACCCGGACGCGACGGAAAGGAUGGUAUGCACGGUAAGGAUGGCAAGGAUGGCAUGUCUAUAACGGGUCCCAAGGGUGCACAAGGACCGCCGGGCGAAAGGGGCUUGAAGGGCAUUGCUGGUCCACGCGGACGUCCGGGCAAGCCAGGCACCAAUGGCACACCGGGUGUGCCCGGCAUCAAUACGUGGAAAAUGCAGUUCCCCAAUGGCAGCGCUUCCAAUGAUUUACUAAUACCACCCUCCAUAACAGAUGUGAGCUCGCCCAAUGUCCGACGCAGCGUUAUUGUCGAGGAGGGUAAGACGCUCAACAUGAGCUGCUCGGCAACGGGCAAUCCACAGCCGCAAGUGGAAUGGCGACGGGAUGACGGACGCACCAUUAAUGUGAAUGGCGUCGAGUUAAGCUCCAUUAGUGGCCAGUUUAUAAAGUUCACUAACAUAACGCGUCAUCAAAUGGCCGCCUAUACUUGUCAUGCCAACAACGGCAUCGCCCCCGUAACCAAUGCCACCUUUCUCGUGGAGGUUCACUUCGCUCCAAUGAUAUCGGUGUACAGGCAAAUGAUCUAUGCGGAGUACCAGAGUAGUGCCACUUUGGAGUGCCAGGUGGAAGCUUUCCCGGAGGCCAUACGCUACUGGGAGCGGGCCUACGAUGGCAAAAUUCUCGAGCCGAGUGAUAAAUAUCGCAUCGAGUCCUAUCCAGAUGGCUUUAAGACCUCCAUGCGACUGACCAUUAGCAAUCUGCGCAAGGAUGACUUCGGCUAUUAUCACUGUGUGGCACGUAAUGAGCUAAAUGCAACCAUGGUGAACUUUGAGAUAGCACCUCAGGAUCCGAAUAGUGAAACACCCUAUGUGGGCAACAAUGUCAAGAUCUAUGGACAGCGACCUCCUGAAAGCGAAUGUCCCGUUUGUGAUCAGUGUCCAGAUCCCAGCUUAAAUCAAUGCAAGGAUUCCAUACUCAAUAACUUUGAGAUACAGCCCACAGGCAAUCGCAGCUAUCCAGGCCUGCCUAAGCGGGCUAAGACCUGUUACUUGUAUGCAGUGGGUAAACCAGUAUUCAACAAGGUUGUCAAUGAGAAAUUUGGUUCUUGGCUGCGCGAUGCCGCCCCCAAGGAUGUGGAUCGGGAGAAGACCUUUGUGACCAAUGAGAAUGAUGCGUUUAAUCUAUUCGAGUUCUCCACACGCAUACAAUAUCGCACGAACAGUGUGCCAAGGCACAAGUAUGAAAUAUCCGAGGGUUUUCAGGGCAAUGCACACGUGGUCUAUAAUGGCUCAUUCUACUAUCAUCAGAAGAACUCCGAUUUGGUUGUAAAGCUAGAUUUGACGACUUCCAAAAAAAUUAGCAUACAAUUGCCAUAUGCAGGAGUUUCUACUGGGAAUCGACUCUACGCCACGGAUUACAACUUUAUGGACUUCAAUGUGGAUGAGGUUGGUCUCUGGGUUAUAUAUAGUACACACGACUCGAACAACACUCUGGUAGCUAAGCUUGAUGCUGAGACACUGAGAAUGCAGUACAACUUCAACAUAACACUCGAUCAUAAGCAGUUUGGCGAAAUGUUUAUCGUCUGCGGCAAUUUGUAUGCCAUCGAUUCGGGCACGGAUAGAAAUACCCAAAUACGCUAUGUUGUUGACCUGUACAAGGGCAAGCUGCUUAAUGCAAAUUUGCCAUUCUCAAAUCCCUUUAGCCACACAACUACAGUGGGCUACAAUCCCUUAACAGUGGAACUUUACUCUUGGGACAAGGGCAAUGCACUUACAUAUCCUAUACGCUACAAUGAGCAUCGUUUGGCCGGCGAUACCAUUUAAGUUAAAUGUUUCACAAAUAAAUUAAUAUUGAUACUUUUUUUUAUGU